AUGACGCUCGCUGACGACGAAUUGCUGCUCGUCGCUGAUGAGCUUCAACUGGACGACCUUCCAAACGUCUCGCUCCCUGCGGACCCUCCUACCGACGACGCCCCCGCUCCCAAGAAGCUGUGCACUCAAGGAGACGCCUCUGACAAUGUCCCCGCCCCCUCCCCCUCGGCUCCCCUCGUUCCGAAUAACUCAGGCCAGCUGCCCAACGCCCACGCCCUGCCUGCUGCGCCUCUCGCAACCACGGUGGCCCCUCCGCCCUCCGCCGCCCCUCCCAUCCCACCCGCGUUCGCGGCUCCCUCCGCUGCCCCUGCUCCCUCUCGAUCCAUGGCAGAUCCGCCGCGCCAGCGUGCUCCUGCUGUUGCCAGCGACGCUCCCGAGGACCAGGCAGAUCACGCGGACACCCUAGCCAUCUCGCGCAACCUCCGCCGCCAACGUGCGGCAAUUUCGAUCCCCGUUAUGCCCCGCAGGCGACUCGCGGUGGUGGAAAUCCUCUUCCCUGAGGCGGGAGCGGAGGGUAUCCGCGCCGACCUGAUCACGCGCAUUUCGAAGCAUCUGCAACCGUUUCAUUUCCGCAACAAUGCCAUCCCCGAGUUCCAGCCUUCGGUGGGGGAAGUGCUCCGCAUCCCCCGACGUGCCUACGCGCGCCUCUGCUUCUCUUGGCCUUCUCAGGAUGAUGCCGAGGACUUCAAGAGCCUCUUCCCGCACACGUUUCACCUCCCCAACUCCCGCUCGGUGCUGCUGAAGGUUUAUGUCGAUCGUAACCCGCGCUUCACCUCAGCUAAGGCAGGAGGGGCUGCCACGCUGACCCUCCGAAAUAUCCCACCGGGCUACACCCCAGAGGACAUUCGCACCUUCCUGCUGCACCAGGACGUUGCGGGAGACUUUAACUCCGUUGUCCUCCCCUCUGAUCGCAAUCGCCCACUGCAUGGACAUGAACGGAACGAAGCUGCCGCUGUCGAGGCUUUGAUGACCGAACACUCGCUCGUUGACACCUUCCGGGCACUACACCCCAACGCCACUGUUUACUCUUACUAUGGUCGUCCUCGCGCCACUCCCCGACCCGUAGCACCGCGACCUGUCCCAACCGCAUCUGCAGUCCUCACGCCUGCUGCUUUUACACCCACACCACCCCGAUCUGCCGCACCUCCGUUUAUGGUCCACCCGCCUGCAGCACCACCUCCUGCCUCCCGGCUGGACCGGAUGUACAUCUCCGCCUCCUUCCAAAACCGACUUGCGGCCUCCCCCUACCUCCUUACCCCCCUCAUCAUCUCCGAUCACUGCUACGCUCCACUAUGCUCCAUAGCGUUCGAGCUCCCUUCCAGAGCCCCUCGCCCAUGGAGGCUGAGCCCGUCCCUCCUCUCGCGUCCUUACAUCGCUACAAUCUUGGAAGAACUUAUCCCCGCCCUGCCUCCCUCCCCGUCUUCGGAGGAAUGGGAUGCAUGGAAAAAUGCCCUUACGCUACGCCUCAAAAGGUUCUCCAACCAGGAAAAACGACGGGUGCAUAAGACUCUUGAGCACCUCAAUCACCUCAUCAACCAGUUCCAACUACGCUCUGCCAUUUCCCCUUUAGACGCGGAGUCCGCCGCUCGCCUGUGUCAUCGCGAGAUGGGAAUCUCAUCUCUUCUCGCCGGAAUCAACUCCCGCAUUAAAGCAUCCUUCAUAUCCUCCAUCACCCUUCCCAACGGGCAAAGCAUUAGCGAUCUCCACACCAUGACCUCUGCCUGCUCCAGCUUCUUCCAAUCCCUUUACAGUGGCGUCCCAUCCGCCUCUCCAAACCCCGACUUCUGGCGACACAUCCCUCGCUCCUCUCCCCCCCCUGCCCUCACUUCCGCACUCGCAGCCCCCUUUUCCUUGCCUGAGGUGGGCAAGGCUCUAGGCCAGCUCUCGCGCGGAAAGACCCCUGGUCCUGAUGGACUCCCUGGAGAACUUUUCAGGCUGUAUAAACCUCGUUUUGCUCCAGCCUUCUUGACCCUCCUGGCCCCGGCCUCCAUGCCCCCCUCUCUACCCCCCUCCAUGCUCUCCGGUCGUACAGUGCUCAUUCCCAAAAAGGGGAACGCCUCCCUACUGGACAAUCACCGCCCCAUCACCCUCAUGAAUGCAGACUACAAAGUUUUAGCUCUCUGCCUGGCUAACCGUCUCCAACGACUCCUUCCUCUCAUUAUCCACCCUUCUCAAACGGCCUUCAUCAAACACCGGAAGAUAGGCGACACGAUUAACGACACGUUGGACAUCAUGGACUGGGCCUCCUUCACAAACAGUCCCCUUCUCGCCCUGACGGUAGACUUCCGUAAGGCCUACGACUUGCUCAACCGACCCUUCUUAUUCCAGGCUCUCUCCCACCUCGGCGUCCCGGAGAAUCUUAUCAAAUGGAUCCGUCUCAUGCACUCCAACACGUCCGCCCGCAUCUCUGUUAAUAACAUGGACGGUGCCCCCUUUCCAGUGCGCACCGGCGUCCGGCAAGGCUGCCCACUCGCCCCCCUCCUGUUUGUCUGCGCCAUCGAGAUUCUACACCGCUACAUGACUUUGUAUCUCCCUGGCUUCCCCUUAUCAGCCACGAACAACCGCCUCAUGGCCUGCUACGCAGAUGAUGUUACACUGUUCCUCUCGUCGAACAAGGAGCUCGAAACCGCCACUACCCACCUUAUGAUCUUUGCGGCAGUCUCUGGUGAACGACCCAACUGGAGCAAAUGCUCCAUCAUCCCUUUCAAUAUCCCAAACUGCCUCAUCACCCACGCAGGGCAAAUCCCUAUCCGUGCUUCUAAUGAAGCUGAACGAAUUCUUGGAAUCUUUGUCGACAAAAGCCUGUCCAACACCACCACCUGGACCACUACUCUUUCGCGUAUAGAACGCUCCACCAGAUUCUUAGCGGCACUCCGCGCGACCGCCACGUGUCGUAAAACUCUCGCAUCCACUUUCCUCAACUUAGUUAUCUCCUAUCCCGGUCGCUUCCAACCUCCUCCGCCUGACAUACUUGCCAGACUGGAUACAGUCGUGAGCACCUUCCUCUCCUCGUCCCGGUUUAAGGAAACCGGCUUCGCCAUGCCCAUCAUCCCAUACCGGAUUCUUUAUAACUCGACUCGUCACGGUGGCCUCGGUGCUACCCGGCCAUCCAUCCAGAUUAAAGCCCUCACGAUCCAACGUGCCCUUCGCCGCUUUGGUGCAACGCCUUCUGAGGAAGUCGCGCGCUGUGCAAUCUCCCUCCCUUUUGGCUCUCACGCCUUCCUCUCCCACAAGCUGAUUUUGUCGGCCAACUAUCUACCCCCUUCAAUCCCUCCACGUGCUCUCGCGGAACUCAAGGACUUCCUGUCCCUUCCCUCCACCGUUGCCCCUCCGCUCAUCUCCUCCUUAUGCCUCCUUGCUGAACCAACGGCUUUCAAUCGCUUUAUCCUCAAACCCAACGGAAGACCUUUUGGCACCACCAAGCAUGAGCGUUUCCUACUAUCCGAGAAAAUCAGGCUCGGUGACAUUAUCCAAGUAUCAAUAGUAGGGCUCGGCCCCAUCCCCGAAAAUGUGCUUGCCACCAAAUACCCACGCAUCGAUCCUAAAACCUGCUACCCAGUCAUCUGCAUGGUUCUUGAAGCACUUCCCAAGCCGUGGCAAGACGAGAUUCUUGCCCCCUCACUUGCUUGCCCCUCCCCAGGUGACUGUUUCAUCCCGAGCUCCGAUCUACACUCCCCCCCCUCCCUUGUCCUACAGACGACCUCGUUCUCCCCCCCUUUCACGCUGUCCGCCACCCUCCACCGGGUUCUGCCAAACGGCUUCUUUGAGCGUAAUCCCUUUGGGUCCGGGAUAUUCCAUAUCAAAGAUGUCGUGGCGGUUCACACCCAAGGCCAUUGGGUGGCUGGCCCGCUGCAUACAGGUGCAGGGCUUGGCGCGAGGCUGGACCUUCUCCGCGACUGUGUCCCUAGCCUCGCCGCGAUCCGACAACUCCUCUAUACGCGGCGCCCACUCGACCACGACUCCCGCUGGAUCCAUGCCCUCUCCUCCCCCUUACCCAUCCCUCUCCCCGACCACUCUCACACCUUCCUCCGCGAACAACCUAGUCUUCAGCGCGACCUUCUAUACCGUUUCUACACCCGCUCUCUCCCUUCGGGCUCCCGGUUCCUGUUCUCUAAGGAUAGGGGUCGCUGCUCGCGCUGCUCCUCCAACGAGAUUGAGACUAUCUCACAUAUUUUCUUCGUCUGUGGGGCAGCCCCUGAUGUGAUGGCGGCUUUGGGCUCAGUUGCUCGUCGACACUUGGGCUGCUCCCCUCCGACCGAGCACAUACUUUUUCCGCUCCCCUCUCGUGCCGGCCAGACUGCCCCCUGGAGCCUUCUUGUUGGCGCAGCUGCCAAGGCCCUUUGGAAUGCUCGUUGCAACCAAAGAUCCAACAACAUCGUCUCCUCCCGCUUUGAGAUCUUGCAACUCAUCCUCGCUCAAUUUCUCCUGGCUUUCAAAAUAUUCCUUUGGCGGCGCUCUAAACAAUCAGCCAAGCAACAACAGAAAACUGCACCCCGUCUCCGGGCAGCCAAACGGCUCCGCUUCAUAUCUUUUUUCUGA